AUGACCUCCGCCACGUUCCUGGAGCCGCCCUUGGCCGUGUUCCCCGUGGCGAUGCCGCGCCUGAAGCGCUUCGCAAUGGUGCUGGACCGCUCCCCCAACAAGUUCUUCUUCAUGGAGCUGGGCCUCUUCCUCGGUGUGGCGCUGGCGCUCCUGAGCCUGCUCUGCAUGCCACUGCCGCCGGUGCUGUCCGUUCUCGAGACGCUGGUGAUGUUCCCGAUGCUCGUCAGCCCUUCGUGCAUGCCGCUGCCGCUGGUGACGUUCAUAUUCGUGAUGUGCCUGCUCCGCGUGCCGCUGCAGCUGGUGGCGCCCGACUUCGUGCUGCUGGCGAUGCCCUCACUGCUCUCCGUCCCCUUGUCCGCGAAUGGCAUCGAGCCGCACGGCGCAAGACGCUACUCCUGA